CUCAAAUCUUCAGUUGUCAAAAAUUCUUGUUCUUGCUUGGUUCGUCCUAUGUUUGUUGUAUCAAUUUGUAUGUCAAUUAUCAAUUAACCCUCGUUUGAUGAUGGCCUGUUGAUUAUUAAAAAGCAGUGUUCGGUACCGAUGCUAUCGAUGUGCACUAUAAAGUUUAUGUAAAUCAUGGCUGCUGGCGGAGAGGAUCUCUGGCGCGAGUGCGCGUCCUGGCUGACGAGAUGUGGCUUGCUACGUCCCGACCAUAAGGCGAAUUGGGAAACGAGUUCAAUCCACGACCUGGCGUACACUCUGCGCGAUGGCGUUCUCCUGUGUAACCUGCUGAACGUGCUGCACCCGGGCUGCGUCGACAUGAAGGACGUCAACCAGCGACCUCAGAUGGCGCAGUUCCUGUGCAUGCGGAACAUCAAAGUGUUCCUGCGGACAUGCCACGAGGUGUUCGAGCUGCGGGAGACGGACCUCUUCGACCCCUCCAUGCUGUUCGACCUCUCCAACUUCCACCGAGUACUGUGCACGCUGGCCAAGCUCAGCCAGUGCCCGAAGGCCGUAGCAAAAAGUAUCAAACCAUUCUCGGCCCUCCGGACACAAUCGGAGGAGGACAUAUACAAAGAUCUGCAGUCUGUUGGCGGCGCGAUCGCUCCCGCCGCCGACGUCGGUGAGUACGCGAGCUACUGCGCGCGCAUCCACGACGAGGAGAUCUACCACGACCUGUGCGCCGUCAAGAACAGCGUGCGCGACCUGCCGCCCGUGCAGCCGCCCGCUUUCAACACACUAGCGACGUCGUCACAUAGUUUAGAAAAGAGAGAUUAUGUUAUACGAGAACUUGUCGAUACGGAGAACAAUUACGUCGACGUUCUGAGCAAAAUAAUCAAAUACUUCCUGAGGCCGCUGAUGCCUUACCUCAAACCUCAGGAUAUGCAAGUUAUAUUUUUCGGUAUAAAGGAACUCCACGAGACCCACACUGGUCUGCUGCGGCAGCUGAAGCUGGCCACAGAGAACUGCGUCCCGGGCAGCGGCGCGCCGCGGCUCGCCGACGUGUUCCUGGCGUGGCGCGAGCGGCUGCUGCUGUACGGAGACUACUGCUCGAACCUCACCAACGCACAGGACACGCUUAAGAUGUUGGAUGCUAGGGAUUCCACCUUCAAUAAACAGUUAGCUAAAUGUCAAAAGGAACACAGUGAUGGCCGGAUACAGCUGCGCGAUAUAUUGUCUGUGCCGAUGCAAAGGGUACUAAAAUACCACCUGCUACUGGAUAAGCUGGUGCAUGAAACGCAACCGAAUCACGAAGAGUUCCGAGGGUUGGAGCGGGCGAAAGAAGCGAUGGUCGACGUAGCGCAGUACAUCAACGAAGUCAAAAGGGAUAGUGAGGUGCUGGCGCUACUCGCUAAAGUACAGGAGAGCAUAUUAGACUGGGAAGGGGGCGCACUAGGCGCGGGCGGCGCGGGGCUGGCCGCGUACGGGCGCCUGCUGCUCGACGGCGAGCUCAAGGUCAAGGCGCACGAGGACCAGAAGCUGCGCUCGCGAUACGUGUUCGUGUUCGACAAGCUCAUGCUGCUGUGUAAACCUGUCAAGGACAACCAGUACUCGUACCGCGUGGGCGUGCGGCUGGCGGAGUACCGCGUGGAGGAGGGGCUGGGGCGGCGCGCGCUGCGCGGCGAGGCGCGCUGGGCCUCGCACUUCUACCUGGUGCGCCGUACCAAGGACGCCACCUUCACGCUGUACGCGCGCACCGACGACGCCAAGCGCAAGUGGGUCAAGGCCAUCCGCGACGCCAUUGACAACUUGGAGCCGCCAGGCUGUCGGAGUACGAAUCACAAGUUCGUGUUACAUACGUUUGAAAAACCAGCCACCUGUCAUCACUGUUCCAAGUUCCUAAAGGGCAGAAUAUUUCAGGGCUACCUGUGCACGGUGUGCAACGCGUGCGCGCACAAGGAGUGCAUCGCGCUGUCGGGGCGCUGCGGCGGGGGCCUGGCGCCCGCGCCGCCGCUGCCGCCGCACCAGCACCAGCCCGACCAGGCGCUGCACUACUACAUGUGGUACGUGGGUGAGAUGGGUCGCGAGACGGCGACAGCCCGGCUGGAGCGGCGCGUGGACGGCACGUUCCUGCUGCGCGUGCGGCCGCACCCCUCGUACGCGCCGCACCACGCGCCCACCGACACCAACUACGCGCUCUCGCUCAAGACGGAUAACACGGUGAAGCACAUGCGCGUGUGCCGCAAGCCCAUCGACCAGGUGCAGCACUACUUCCUGUCCGAGUCGCGCUUCUUCCGCAGCAUCGUCGAGCUCAUCACCUACUACGAGAAGACCAGCCUCUCCGAGAACUUUGAGGGAUUGAACUCGAACCUGCGUUGGCCGUUCCGGCGUGUAGUGGCCACAGUGAUCCACGACUUCCGGCCGCUGGAGUCCUCCCAGCUGGCGCUGCGGCCCGGCGCCAAGGUGCUCGUGCUCAGCAAGGAGGGCGACAGCCGCGGCUGGUGGAAGGGCCGCACGCUCGACAAGGGCGACAACCGCUCGGGCUACUUCCCCAAAGAGUGCGUGCGGGAGGAGCCGGAGUGUAUCGGAGCGCUUGACUGAUGUCAGCUUUGCCUCGCCGAGCGCGAGCUGCACUUCUCGUCGCCGCGCCCGCACGCGCCCGACGACGACCCGGACGACAACGACACGGCCGACCUCGUCUAAUGGCGCCCGGGGACCGAAACACGAACAGACACUCGUCCUUACACCCUAAAGGACUGAUCGAGAAAGUUAAGCGGUCAAGAGGAACCGCUUUCACAUCUCAGUGUGAUUGAUAUACAAUAUCGAUGAAAAGAAAACUAUCAAUGCUCUGUACCAACGUGUAAUGUACAGCAAUUUAUGUCCACUCCAAUGUGAACCUUAUAAUGUAGUAGAUAAUGUCUUAAAUUCACUUGAUAGACGUAGUGACGAGGAUAUAUUUUCAUAUCGGUGUUAAAGCGAUCGUUUGUAGAGAGUAAGAUGAAUGGACUUAUAUGAAAUAUAUCGAUGUAAUUGAUGUCAAAUAAUAGUCUCGGAUAUUGCGAGUUAUGCGACAUAACGUCGCUAGAGAUGGUGUAAAUAAUUGUAUGGUGUGUAUAUACGUGUAGGGUGGUAAGCAAUGUUACAUUCACGGUAUUGUUGCGGUAACAUGGUAGCUACUUCUGUAACUCUAUAGUUCAACUCAAAAAUACUUCUUUUUAAGAAAUUAUGAUGAAUGUAAUGCAAGUUGGGAAACCAACACCUUGUUCAAGACUUCUUGUUAGAUUUUAGUAGGACAAAAUAAAAAAACAACAUGUGUUAGGUAGAAUUAAAUAUUAAAAUUAUGGACAACAGAUAUUUACUAAGGGCUAAUUAAUGCCCACAACUUGGAAAGCAUCUUUAUUCUCAUUAUAGCUGAUAACAUUGCUACUUAUAGGUGCACAUAACCUAUAUCAAUGUUGCCAGGUGUAAAUAAAAAAAUCGAAGUGAAAUGUCUAUGGUAAAUAUUCAAAUGUACAGAAACUACCACAUUAGUUAUCAGAGUCACUGUUGUGUAUAGGCACGUUCACUUUUGUGAACACUUUUAUUUUAAUUGACAAGUAAAUUAAAAUUAUUUACACGAUUUAUUGUAUAUGGCGUAGAACGCGUAUGAAUUUAAUAAAAGAAAAUUAUAGGAUUGCUUACAAAAGAUCUAUUUUUUGUAGAGCAGCGAUCGCAUCGCGUUCUAUUUAUUUUAAAAUAUAAUUUAGUGUUAAUAUCAGCAAGUAAUACAUGUAAGUGUAAUUAGUUGGACACAACACUCUAGUCGCGUGUUUGGGAGUUUACGAAGCAAUCUCACUUCGGUGUUAUCUACGUGUAAAGUUUGUGUGCGUGUGAUUGUGUGGACUCUACGUCUAUGCUCUUGGUGGAAUUCUGUGUUCAAUUUACUGAUUAACGCUGUUCUCAAAUGUACUAUGACAUAAGGUAUGACAUUCUCAAGCUUUAUACUGCAUCCUUGGACGCUAUUGGAAGUGUGACUUAUUUAAUCUGUAACAUCAUUAAUCAGUAAAUUUUAAAUCGUAUAUAUUUGUGUAAGAACACGCUCUCUUCUCUCACGGUUGGCACUCGGCAAUGUUUUAUGGUGCGUACGAUGCUUUAAUGUAGUUAUAUUGUAGGGACGUCGGGUCCAUCUGUGUACCCACUAUGUUGGUAGAGUGUACGUUGUAAUGCAACGCGACGGUCACGAAACACCUUAAAUAAGGUUACACAGAUCCACGAUACUAAGUGCUCUAUCAUGUAUAUACCAGCACUAUUAAAAAGCAACAAAAAAUGGUCAAAUAUUUCAAUCUGAUUGUGAAAAUAAUAAUUAUUAACUCUUAUAAGAAUCUCUUUCUCUAACACGCACGCAUUAAAAUGUACACUCGGGAUUGUUGUGAUACAUCAUGCCCUUCAUUUCACCUCCAUUAUACUAACUACUUGACGCGGUAUAAUAUCACUUAUCUGACUAUUAUGUCCCACCAUGACGAAGGAAUGCUCAACUUGUGUUAACACUAACCAUUUCUACGGGAAGUUUAACUAAAGCUUUUGAUAGCGAGAAGUUCUUCACAUGAACAGUAGGUACGACAGAGAUAGCUAUAUCUGAAUGAUCUUCUCAGAUGCAUGUAGUUGGAUUUCCUCAAUGUAUUUUAAAUGUGUUCAAUAAGACUUAUUUUUCAAUGUUGUCUUCUAUGUGAAUUUCAUGAUAGUAACAUGUCUGUCAUUUUAUCAGGAACCAUUUGGCAGUAGAACCACUAUUCAUCUAAAACAAUACCUAAAUCUGUAUUGUCAUUUUGUACUAGAAUAAAAGACGAUAACCGACUAAUUUAUUGUUGUUUCUAGUUAAAUACUUUUGAAGUACAUAUUCAUCAUUUGAUAAGUAUUCUGUAGCAAGCUGUAGAAAAAGUUAAAUAAAGUUACUUUCGUCAUAGCAUCUGUAAUUCAACACUAUACAAAUAGUGAGCUAAAGUGCCAAACUCGAUAAUUUAAUGCAAUUUAAUACUUACUGGGUUUAUCUCUUACUAAUUAAAAACUAUUUUUCAAUUACUGGUUACAUUAUAAACAUAACUGCCUCUCAAAUAGAAUAUUUGUUUGUAGUUGUUCUGCUAAUCGCCCCGCUUCCAGAUAGCCAUAUAAUAUACCUCAGCGCCGUUCAGUCUACAUUCCAACGCAUAGUAUUAUUUUUCAAAGUUUCAUGUCACUGCUUUUGUUUUUCGCCUUCAUGGCAUCUGUCUGGUUAUCUUUCGUAAGACUUUACUUUAGAUCCACUUAAGUUGUGUAAUAUUAAGCAUUUAUUAAUUCGUGCUUAUAGGUACCUACUAACUAAUUAACUAUUUACAAUGUUUUGAGUGCAUUUACCCAGAUUUAGUUUGAAUGUAUUUCUAAAUUCAGUUUAUGUAUUGGCUUUUCUAAUUUCUUCUGUUUUCGUAUAAAACUAAUGUAAAUCUAGAGAUUUGCACUCGAUUAUUUAGUUACAAAUGCAAUAUAAACUCAUAUUGAGUUGAUUUUAAUUUUAAUGUAGUUCAAUAAUUAACUAUUUUCUAUUUUAAAGUUCCUUGACCUCCUAAUAUAGUUUAAUCCAUGAUUCUUCCAAUCAGUCACCCACAUAUCACGAACAUGACAAAUUAAUUCUAAAAUUAUUCGAGCUUUACUUUAUAUUAAAAUAACAUAAAAAAUAUAAGACAAAUUACAUUAUAACCCAUAAGAAUAGCAGGUUAUCUAAAGCUGUUAAAUUCUUAAAAUAAUUAGUGUUUUUCCAAAACUUAUAUGAAUAUGAAAUCGUUUUGGUAUAUAAGGACAAAUAAUUAAACCCACCUGACAACAGUCACAUUUCGACUUAAUGCAGUUUGAUCACAUGAAUAAGCAUGCAAAGAAGAUUUUCACAUUUGUCUGAUCAAUUCUGUGACUGUAUCUCAUAGAAAUUGUCUCUAGUUUUCAUAAUAACCGAUCUAAAAUCAUUUCUCUAUCAAUCUAUGGUUCAUUCAAAUCGAAUCGACUAUGUAACAUUAGUAUCGAAUUCAUUAAAUGUAAAUAUUGUUAAUUUAUUGUUGUAAAGAUUUAAUGUAAUUCGAAUAAGUUAACGUGCACAAUGAAUGUUAUCCUUCCACGUUGUAGGCUACGUGUAUCGAUAUAUAAGUAUAAAGUACAUAUAUAAUAUAAACGAUGUCUUAGUAACGUAUGGGGGUGGACGCAUUAUGGUGCAAUUUCCAAACAAACUUACAAAUGUAGCUCUCAUUUUAUGAAUGCAUUUAGAUAAUAGACCCAUUUUACGGUUAUAUAAGAUUUUUUUUCAUAUAUAACUUUAUCAUAGAAAUAUUAUUAUUGUAUAUAGUUAAAUGAAAGAGCCACUCCCAUAUAACUCUAUAAAUGUUAAUUUUAAAUGUAACUUAUAAAGACUAGUGCCACUUAAUAAAUUAUAUUAUAAAAUAUGCUUGAAUAUAACCCUCAUAAUAAUCACAAUGUAAACACUGCUUUAUGAUAAAGUUGUGAAGAAAAUAAAUAUUAUAUCUUAAAAAAAUAGUUAAUCUUGUCCAUGGCGACAGGGUGCCGGACGUUGUUAUAUAAAAUUAAAAAGAUAUAUAAAGAUAUAUGGAGGCAUAGUAAAGAAUAAAUAUGGUUGUUGUAAAGUAAUAGAUAUAUAUUUUUUCUAUUUAGUUGGCGAGGCCAGGGCGCGGCUGGCGAGCCGCGGCGGCAAAGUGGUAGAUAGGUCAAUAUAGAAAAUAUUAUUUUGCAUUGUUUUAUUAAACCUAAUAACAAUAUUUUCUCGGGAGUUGUAGCUAAAAAUGACGCAACAAGCGAAGUACUCAACAAAUAUUAAGUUGAAUGAUAUAGCUUGAAACAUGGAUAAAGAUGUCACAAUUAUACACAAAUACAAGUAAUUUAUUUCGCAGGAAUAUAGAAUAGCCGUUUUAGGUUCACAACUCCCAAUCAGUCGCUAAUUUUAUAAUUCGUGCCAAAAUAUGUUAAAAUAUUAUGAACAAGCAUAACAUGAUCUCUGUUUAAUGUAACUCACGACGAAUACAAGCGUUGUCUGUGUAUUUGUUAUUGCAAUAUAUUAAUUUACCAAUUUAACUUUAAGAAUAUGUGUCUUCAUGUAUUUUAGAAUUACCAAACUGGUAAUUCAGUUACAAUCAAUGAAUUUAAUUAUCGCAUUAAUUAAUUAUAUUAUUCUGCAAUAUAUUUCUUAUGUAUUUAUAGUUGUGUAAGAUGUUUUGUGGCCUGAUAUUCAAACGUAACUCCAAUUGCCUUUUAUCACAUACUGUAGUAAAAAUAAAAACUUUGACAGAAGCGUUCAUGGUAAUAGCAAACGCUCAGCGAUGAAAAUUAAGUAUUGUGACAUGUCUCAACAAUGCUUUUUUUUAUAAUUUCGAGCGUAUCCGAUUGUCUUUAAAGUUUUUAGUUGUAGAAUUGCCUCUCGCCACAGGGGCAACUAUUCAGCCUUCUAUUUUCGCUACUGCAAUAUUUUGACACGACGUAGGAGCACUGUGUACCUCGUUUAUUUUAGCGAGUAUCGAAUUCUUAAUGACGCUUCUAUUAUUGGUAUGCAAGUCAACGCUAUGUCUGACCGAGUCUGACGUUAGUUAAAUAUGGUAAUUCUUAUUCACGCUGACCUAUUAUUGGGUGAUGCCGUUAAGAUGCAAUUAAACGAAAUAAGUAGUUAAUAAAUUUAAAAGUCUACCAGUGUGAACUUAUAAAUACGCAAAUGGUUUUGGUAAAUUUCAGGCCGAUUAAUUUCCCAUUGCCCCAUCCCACGCAAGGGAGCGUCGUAAAUAAGGAUUACUAUUCAUCAGCUAAUGUAGUGUGACGUCAUCAAUGCUUGAUGAAAUGUAUGAAUAUAGUAUUUGUGUUUAAUGUCUGCAUGCGUGGAAUGUUGGUGCUAACGUUUAUUUUGUGUUCGUUGUGUUCCAGUGCUUGGCGAGUGCGUGCUCCGAUUACGUUAUUAUAAAAUUGUAUUUUGAUAUUAUUUAUGUUCAUGUUUGUAAAUAUACAGAAACGGCAUAUCCAUUGUUCUGUAGUUAGGUAAGUGACUCCACAAAUAAAUACACUGUUGGAGAA